GUAGUCACGCACUAAUCCGGUAUUUAUACUUGAAGCACCAAAGGUUUGGGGGUAAAGGGGCCUGGACGAGGGGAGCCAAUUGUUGAUAGAGUAUUUCUUUGAGGAUGUGCUGAAAUGGGACAUUCAUGAGUCAGGUUUAGUGUGAGAUUUGGAGGACUGGUCUCAUUUUGGAAGCUGCGCAGUGACCAAAAGUACGACUCAUCAAGCUCUUGUGGAGAUGUGGCGAUGCUGCAUUUUGGUGCUUGUGGGCGCAGUGGCUGUGAGCACUCAGUUCCCUCGAGAGUGCGUGACCCCUGAGGGACUGAGGAGCAGACAGUGCUGCCCCUCACCUUUUGGCCUGGUUAACGACUCAUGUGGCGCUAGCGAAGGACGCGGACAGUGCACAGACAUUUUGGCAGACGCACAACCACAUGGGCCUCAGUACCCGCACGAUGGGCGGGAUGAUCGCGAACGAUGGCCAAUCCGCUUCUUCAGUCGCACUUGCCGCUGUAACGGAAACUUCGGCGGUUAUAAUUGUGGUCGCUGCAGACACGGAUGGACAGGAGCCCGCUGUGACCAGCGAACAUAUGUGGUGCGGAGAAAUGUGAUCCAGCUCAGCGCGGUUGAGAGGCACGCCUUUGUGAAUGCGCUCGACCAGGCCAAGCGCACGGUGCACCCCGAUUUAGUGAUCGCCACGCGGCACUAUGCGGACAUCUUCAGCCCAGACGGAAACGCGACUCGGUUCGAGAACAUCACCAUCUACAACUACUUUGUGUGGUCUCACUAUUACUCUGUCAGCAAGACCUAUCUGGGGGCGGGGCAGGCCAGCUUUGGGGGAGUGGACUUCUCCCACGAAGGACCCGGGUUCCUUACUUGGCACCGCUUCCACCUGCUGCAGCUGGAGCGCGACAUGCAGGACAUGUUGCAAGACCCGUCCUUUGCCCUGCCCUACUGGAACUUUGCCAUAGGUGGAAGCACAUGUGACAUUUGUACAGAUGAUCUGAUGGGAGCCAGGAGCACCUUUGACAUGAAUUCCAUCAGCUCCAACUCUGUUUUCUCCCAGUGGAGGGUCGUAUGUGAGAGCGUAGACGUCUACGACACACUGGGAACUGUCUGCAACAGUACAGAGACCUCCCCAAUCAGACGGAAUCCUGCAGGAAACGUCAACAGGCCAAUGGUCCAGCGACUUCCUGAGCCCCAAGAUGUGGCGGACUGUCUGCAAGUGAACACUUUCGACACGCCGCCCUACUUCUCUACCUCCUCCGAAAGCUUCCGAAACACAGUUGAAGGCUACAGUGCCCCCCAGGGGAGCUAUGACCCUGUGUUGAGGAACCUCCACAACCUGGCUCACCUGUUCCUGAAUGGGACUGGGGGACAGAUUCACGUCUCACCCAAUGACCCCAUCUUUGUCCUGCUCCACACCUUCACUGAUGCCAUCUUUGACGAGUGGUUGAGGAGACACAGUCCAGAUCUGAGUGUGUAUCCUGAAGCAACCGCCCCCAUCGGCCACAACCGAGGCCACAACAUGGUGCCUUUCUGGCCACCGGUGACUAAUGCUGAGAUGUUUUUGGUUGCCCCUGACAACCUCGGCUACUCCUACGAGGUUGAAUGGCCUGGUCAACCUUUCACUCUGACUGAAAUCAUCACCAUGACAUUAGUUGCUGCCUUAAUUGUGGUUGCCAUCAUAUUCUCUGUCACUUCCUGCGCUGUGCGCGGCAGAUCCCGCACAGCGGACGGCCAACAGCCGCUGCUCGUGGAUCAGUACCAGCGGUACGACGAUGUUAAAAACCAAUCCGCCGUCUGAACUCAGCCUCGCCAUCGUGUUUUAUUCUUUGCAUUUACACUGAAAGAGCAAAACAACCGGAGCAUGCAACAGGGUCCAGUUCUGGGAACCUUUAUUCUCUGGAAUUCAUUUGCAUUUUAUGAGCAGAUAUACUGUAUGUAGAUGUUUAAAAGUAAAAAAAAAAAUAAAAUAACUAAUUCCGGCAACAUUCUUGUCCCACUUAAAAAAGAAAGAAGGAAGUCUUUUUUCUUAAACUUUACAAAUGUACACUUUUUUGUCACGUAAAUUUUGUCCAUUUCACACUUGAGCAAAAAUGUGUCCGAAUAAACCAACUCUUUGAAGC